AUGUCGUCCAAGAGCAAAGCGGCUGCCCCAGUGGCGGACGCUGGGGAGCCCAGCACGAGCGAGAGGAACGAGCCUGGACGUAUUGUGUACAUAGGUCACCUGCCCCAUGGAUUCUACGAAAAGGAAAUGAAGGCCUACUUCUCCCAAUUCGGCCGUGUGACCAAGGUGCGUCUGUCGCGCAGCAAGAAGACGGGGCGGAGCAAGCACUACGCGUUCAUCGAGUUCUACUCUGCGGAGGUUGCGCGCAUCGCCGCCGAGGCCAUGGAUGGCUACAUGUUCUUCGGGCAGAAGCUGCAGGCCAAGCUGCUGCUCCCCAGCCAAGUGCACAAGGACCUGAUGAAGGGCUCCAACCGCGUCUUCAAGAAGGUGCCCUGGAAGAAGAUAGAGAUGGAGCGGCACAAUGUUGAGCGGGGCGAGGCCGCCCAGGCCACGCUCCUGAAGCGGGCGCUGAGGAAGGACAGGCUGCGGCAGCAGAGGAUCAAGGAGGCCGGCAUCGACUACGAGUACCAGGGGCUGGAGAGCCGGUUGCCGCGCGCCGCCGUGAAGACCACAUUCGAGGACUGA